AUGGAAUAUCAUAUUACACAACAUUCAUUUAUGGAUUAUGGAGAUGAUAAUAAUAAUAAUCAUAAUAAUAAUGAUGAUGAUAAUAAUGAUGAUGACGAUUUGAAAAGUCAUUUCUCUAUCAUUUAUUCUCAUGAAGAACAAAUCAAUCAUCAAUCAAAUAUAUAUGAAUGUAUGAUUGAUAAUUUACAUGAUGAAAUGAAUCCCGACUUUUCAACUAGUAAUAAUAAUAAUAAUAAUAAUAAUAGUAAUGGUGAUCAUAAUCGAAAGGAUUCAACAGUAUUAAAUCAAUCAUCAUUAAUGUGGCUUGAUGAUACAUUAGAUACAGAUAUACUACCAUUAUCUGGAUUAAGUGAAUUAUCAUCCUAUAGUAUUCCUAUAAUAUCAAAUAAUAAUUCAGAUAAUGAUGAUUCUAAUUGGAGUAUAUGGUUAAAAACAUGUUCAUCUCAAUCACCAGCUACUGAUAGGAAAGUAAAUAUAGUGACUAUAAAAUUAUCAGAUGAAGAUUAUUCUAUUCAUCAUCAAGAACCAGAUUAUGCACAUCAUAGACAUCAUUCACAUCAUUAUCAUCAUCAUCAUCAUCAUUGUCAACAAUAUGAUCAAUGUCAAAAUCAUAGUAUAGAUAAAGAAAUUGAUUUAACAAAUGAAGAAUCUUUGAAGAAAACAAAUGAUACUGACAAUCAUAUUGAUGAUGUUGAACAACAACCACAACAACAACAACAACAACAACCACGUAGGGAUUCAUUAAACACUGAAAUUACAGAGAAAAUUGAAGUCAUUAAAAAUGAUACUGAUAAUCUUCCACAUUUCCGUGA